AUGAUCGAGUGGAUGUCAAAUGAUGAUGUAUUGGGAGCUAGAAAUAAUAGAAAUAAACCUCAAGCAACCCAAGUGCUAACAUUAAAAGAUAACACAAAUAAUAACAACAUCUCUUCAACAAUUGAUUCAACAAUUGAUUCAAAAAUUGAUUCAACAAUUGAUUCAGAAAUUGAAUCAACAAUUAAUUCAAUACGACCUAAUAGACAAAUAGAACAUAAUAAUUCUUUAGAUAUAUACAAUAGAGCAAGAAAUAAUAGAAAUAAACCUCAAGCAACCCAAGUGCCAACAUUAAGAGAUAACACAAAUAAUAACAACAUCUCUUCAACAAUUGAUUCAGAAAUUGAAUCAACAAUUAAUUCAACAAUUGAUUCAACAAUUAAAGUUUAUAAAGUUAUUGAUAAAACAACUAAAAAAUGUUUCGCUAUAAAGGAUAUUCUAAUUGAAAAUAACAAAAUGAAAAAUAAUUAUUUAAAAGAAAUAAAACAAUUGUUUAAACUUCAAUCAGAUUUUGUGGUUAUAUAUUAUGACGCGUGGAUUGAAUCAAAAAUACUUUACAUUCAAAUGGAGUUAUUAUCGCAAAGUCUUAAACAAUUGAUUGAAUUAAAAGCAAAAACAUUUCAACGAAAAUCUAAUCAACCGAUGGAUUGUAUCGAGUAUUACAUUACAAGUCAUAUAAUGUUAGAGUUGUGUGAAUGCGUUGAAUAUCUGCAUACAAGACAACCGCCGGUUAUUCAUCGCGAUCUCAAACCCGGAAAUAUACUCAUCAAUGAUAAGCCACUAAAUAAUAGGUUUCUAAAACUAUGUGAUUUUGGUUUAACCACUGAUCACAACCGUUUGGGCUCUCAAUCGGAAAUACAUACCAAAAGUGUCGGUACUAAGAAAUAUAUGGCACCUGAAGUCGAAAUUAGUCUAAAUGGUGGCAAAAAAGCUGCAUAUAAUGAAAAAAGCGAUAUCUAUAGUAUGGGUUGUAUAUUAUUAGACUUAUUCGAUGUUAACAAAAAAAUGGAUUUUAACUUAUUCGAUGAAUUGUAUGGUAAUAGCAAUUUAAAUGUCUAUAUUAAAUCAAUAAGCAAAUUAAUAUCAUCAAUGAUACAACCAUUAGUCCUAAUAAUGAUGAUAUAUUUGGUAAAAUAUUUACAACUAAAUUAA